GCCGAGGAAACAAUGUAAUACCGUGUAGUGCGCGCGUACGUUUUUUUGUUCUCUGUACCCUAGAAAAGCAAGCAGUCUCUCGUUGCCUGCCUGCUUGCCUGCCUGCCAGUCAGUCAGCUUGUCUGCGUUCACUGCUUUCAUACGAGGGAGGUCACCGGGAUUUUUCACGGUUGUUCUCAUCCGGUGACGCGGUGGAGGGUGCGGUACCCAACACGCAGAGAUCAAAGGGUUACGAAGGAAGUGAUGCCCGCUGAAACGUAAAGGGGUUUGGAAGAGAAGAGACCGCAGUGAAACAUCCCAGGUGUUUCGGGCGGGAGAAAUCGCUUCGAGGACUAGCGGAAUUUUACGGCAGUAAUUGUGAAUUUUGUUACGAAUUGAAAGGAAUUGCGAAGUACGCUGCUGCCAGCUGACCUUUUUUUUUGCUCCACCAACCACUGAGUGGCAAGGGGUGCUUGUUUUCUGGGUCAAAAUUUUCAAUUUCCGCCCGACCGUGACUGUAAACUAAGCUCCCCCGCAAGUGCGUCAAACUGCGGUGGUAACUGAAAGCCGAUUUGUUGAAUGAGCAAAAUACUCGGGGAUAAGUGCAUGGCAUAGCCACUAAAUCAACUACCCUCCGACGGUUUAGUGAAUUGUGUAAACCCCAUUAAUCAUUAUCCUGCAUGACAACAAACAAGUCCCAAUGUGAUUGGCAGUGAAUUACCGUCGAUGCCUGUGGAUCAGUCGAUAUGCUCAAGUUUACCAAACGAAACAGCAUUGGAUUACACCGGGCUUACAUAAUGUGGCAAGUUUGCUGGGUCAAAUUAACCUGCUCAACGGUGUUAAUUGGAUAAGAUAAUGCGGUUUGGUUGUGUAGAAUACGAAUACGGACUCGUCGUCGUCGCCGCCAGUCUUAGCGAGUGUCAAAUUUCCUAGUUGUUCGAUCUACACUAGCGCGAGUGAAGUUGAAAUGUUAAACGCAAAUCUGGAUGGGGGAAAGAAAAUAAUCAAUGAGUUGUUUCCGUGUUUGGCCUAUCAAUUGAACAAAUCCAGUGAAUGAAAAAAGUGCAAACCAAAAAAAAAAAUAAAAAUAAAAAUUACGGUGAAACUGAUGAAAUUGAUCGAAUCCAACGUGGAACGCAAGGAAUCGGAAUAGGCUCGUCCGUCGACAUACAUUCCGGAGACGCUUGUGUCGGAGGUGUAACCGAAAAACCAGAUUGCAUUGACGCUAGUUGCAACUCAUUUCCGGUCUUAAAUCCAAUUUUAGACGACGACAAUGGAUCCGUAAACAGAGGGGUGGAAGUGCAACCAGUAAAAUGUUGUGAUUAGUUUCGAAAACUAGUGAAAUGUGGUUUCGGUGAUUAGUUCUUAGUUCUCGCUUGGAUGGUUUGAUGGUUUAAUAGUUGAACUACGGAUCCGAACAGAGAAAGACAGCAAAAACCGAAGCGCGAAGGAACCGAAACCAGCGAAAGCGCAACGAGACGUGAAAUCGAUGCACAUCAACCGUUUAAUUAGCACCCUUCAAAAGCGCACUUGACGGCAUUUCCGCUCGGGUGCUGCACUGCCAUUCCGGUCCGCUCCGGUUCCAACCAUAAACAUAAAAAGUAAAUAUUAUUAUCAUGAGCGUUGCUGCAAGUGUUUACCAGCCAUUGAAAUAAUAUUGGCAAUUCUCGUUAUUUUCACUGCGUCGCGGAAAAGCAUUACGGUCGUGUGAGCACGCUUGUGGGCGUGUGUGUGUCAGUGUAUGUACGUUUUGUGUUAGCUGCAGGAAGCACAGACAAAGAAAACUCAUCCGACAAUUCCGCCUCCGGGGGAUGCGUGGCAUGUGCACCUCGCAGCUUGAGGAAAAGUCAUCGGUGCUGGUGGAAAAAUAGCGCCGUUUCCGCGAGAAGAAAAAAAUAAUAAUAUUGAUAAACCGACUCGCGUCCUUCGGUAUGAUGAACGGGUUUUUGUUCCGGUGUUGAUCGAAUCGACAUUAAAAAAUAAUAAUUCAAAUAUUUACCAACCGCGUCCGUCGGUGUGCGUGUGAGUGUGUAUAUUUGUUUGUGAUCAGUGUAGUCCUUCAAUCGUUUCGAAUCACAGUAUACGUAUAUGAAGCAUAUUUCUAGUAUUUCUGGUGUUUCUGUGAAUAGUUCGUAAGCAAGCGCAAGAGGGCAAAAUGGAGCUACGGAGACGCAUUGAGGCGGCGGUGGCACCCCUGCUGCUGUUGCUACUGAUUGGAAGCGGCAGAUGUCCGGUGCGCAGCGAGGCAUUCAAAUCAGAUGUUCCCGUUCACGUGGAGAAGGUGCUGGUGAACGAUACCGCCCAAAUCAAAUGUGACGUGUCAUCGAAUCUGCCGAAUGACCGGAUACUGCUGGUCGUGUGGUACAAAGACAACGUGCCCAUCUACAGCUACGAUACGCGUGUCAAAAAUAGUGAACUGCCGUCACACUGGAGGGACGGCGCAAUCCUGGAGGAUCGUGCCAACUUCAAACCGCUGCGGGACAAAAGCCGGGCGGAGCUGGUCAUCAGUCCAGUGCUGAAAAAAGACGCCGGAGUGUUUCGCUGUCGAGUAGAUUUUUUACUGUCGCCUACAAAAAAUAGCAACGUAAACUUAGAAAUAGUCGUUCCACCGGAGGUACCGAAAAUCGACGACUCCAAUGGAUUCGAGCUUACUGCUCAUGCCGGCCCGUAUGAAGAGGGCGGCAUCCUAGAGCUAACCUGUGUCGUGACGGGAGGUAUUCCGACACCCAAAAUUACUUGGUCGAGUAAUGGGAAAACUUUACCCAGCACCAUGAUGGAGUACUCUCACGAAUCAGCGCUCAGCAGCAAGCUGGUGGUGCGUAAUUUAUCUCGCGAUCAUCAGCACAACGUGUACAGCUGCCAGGCGAGUAAUUUCUACAAGCGAAAUGUGACGACCAACGUGACGAUAGAGUUACGCCUACGACCGCUGGUAGUGGAAAUCGUCAACGGAAGUACCCCUCUAUCGUCCGACCGGCGGUACACGAUCCAGUGUCAGUCCAGCGGGUCGAGACCGCCAGCGAAAAUUACCUGGUGGAAGGACGGCGAGCAGCUAACGACAACCAAUCAAACGACAACGGACGACGGCAACAGCACGAUAGCGACGCUUAGCUUCACACCGAAACGGGAUGACCACGGGAAAAGCCUCACCUGCCGGGCCACCAACGAACUGGUCAAACGAGGGACGAAGGAAGCCUCUGCGAAGUUGAAUGUUUUCUAUCUUCCCACGCUGAAGCUGGAACUCGGGACGAACAUGAACCCGGAAGACAUCGAGGAAGGAGAUGACGUGUACUUUGAAUGUAAAGUGAAUGCAAAUCCUUCUGCAUACAAAGUGGUGUGGAAGCAUAAUGACCAAGUGGUGCAGCACAACUCGAAAACGGGCGUGAUAAUGAGCAGUACGGCACUGGCUCUGCAAACCGUCAACCGGCACCAGGCCGGCAACUACACCUGCAUUGCGUCCAACGUCGAAGGCGACGGCGAAAGCAACACGGUGGACCUGAAAGUUAUGUACAAACCAAUUUGCCAGCCGGAUCAGAAGAAAAUCUACGGGGUGGCACGGAACGAAGCGGCGGAAAUUCUGUGCCAUGUGGACGCCUAUCCACCGCCGGAAUCGUUCAAGUGGUCCUUCAACAACACGGCCGAGACAAUCGAUAUGCCCCAGAGCGGGUACCGAGUGCACACCGAACAGGCAUCCUCUCUCACCUACACACCGGUUAAGGAGCAGGACUACGGGACGAUCAUGUGCUGGGCGGACAACGCAGUAGGCCAACAGCGGGAACCGUGCGUGUUUCAUCUGAUUGCCGCCGGAAAGCCCGAGAUGCCGUACAACUGUUCCCUGGUCAACCAAACGUCCGAUUCGCUGGAGGUGGACUGUGCCGAAGGUUUCGACGGCGGUCAGCGACAGUGGUUUGUGAUGGAGAUCUACGACCAGCAGACGCACAUGCUGCUGGCGAAUGUUUCGUCCCGGAUACCGAUAUUCACCGUCGGUGGGCUGGACUCCGGCCGGUUGCUGAAAAUCGUCAUCUAUGCGACCAACAUGCGCGGCCGCAGCGAACCCAUCCUGAUGCAUGCCUACACACUGAAACCAGCGGAAAAACAAACAGGACCGCAUGCUGAAUUCGAGCUAUCGCCGAUUCUAUCGAUCGGGAUAUUUAUUGGCAUUUUAACGGUGAUAAUCUGCAUAAUAAUCGCCGUUGCUGCCGCAGUCAAGCUGCGCACGAGCCAGCAGGCCAAGACGCACCACACCGGACACACCGGCGGAGUGCUCGGUAAACGGCCCGGUAAUCUUCCAAUUAAGGAGAAAAUCUCAUUACCGCUCAGCCAGUCGGAGGACAUGUACGACGAGAAGAAUCCGGACGUCGUACCGACGAACGAAGAUCCCGAUUACAAAUUAAUAUCAGCGAAUCAGACACCGACGGCGCUGCACAAUUCAUUAUGUAACAGCAAACAUGACAUUAUCGGUCGGACGAUACUGGACGAUAGCCGGAAAACGUACCUGACCGGGUCGUCUAACGAAGUUCACUAUGCUGAAUUAGCAUUAGCAAUACCUCACGAUGACAAUAGCAAUAAAAAUCAUCUCAAUCAUCUGAAAAAGCUUCCGCCUCCUCCGGCGUACAACUAUUUCGACGAACCGACAAUCUACGCCCAGAUAGACCACGGCAGUAGCUUCAAAGCGUCGACGUCGCCGUUUCCGCUGAUAUCACCGGAAUCGCAGGCUCCACUGGCUGCUCAGCCGAUCCUAAAUCAGUCACAAUUAACGUUACAGCUGCAACAUCAGGAUCAUCCGAACCAACAGCAGCAGCAGCAGCACACGCCGACGUCGCUGCAGAACCAUCAUCACCAGCUACAACAGCAGCAGCAACAACAACAACAGCAGCAGUUACCGACACCGACCUCGUUGCAGCAGUUGCAACUGCAUCAGCACCAUCCGCAGCAGCAGCAGCAACAGCCGCAACAACAGCAACUGCCUAAUAAUAAUAAACAAUACCUGCGUGAAAUUGUGACAGUCCGGACGCCGCUGGCGUUUUCACAGCAGGAGAGCUGUGUUUAAUUAAAAUUUACUUCCAACGGCCACCAGUGGCCACCUGUAUGUAUGUAUUGUACAUGUACUACGCACGUAUGUAGGUUAUUCGAAAAAGCCAUAAGGCUGGGGAAAACCGUUUGCUCCCGAAAUGACUGAACCGGGCCCGGAAACCGUGGGACCCAAAGCGUUGUCACAGCGUAGGUAGGUUUUGUAGAACAUAUAGCAGUCUACGAGUGUGGAAUUUUCCGGUGCUACCGCGUUUAUGACGUUCAUUGACAUGGCCCGGUAAUGGCAAUACAGUCUACAUCCUAUGCCUUCCGGGAUUUUGGGACGUUGAAAAUCAGAACUCACCGAAGGAACAAUGGCAUUUUGGGUGGUAGGGCAUACACACUCUCGGGUCAUAUUCAUGCGGUGAAAAGGCUUUAGAAAAUCGAUGAAAAUCAGCCGAUGUUUCUCAAUAAAGAUUUUCAAUCCCAUAAACCGUUGAUGGUUGGAAAAAGUAUUGCUGGAUGAUUCUCAGUUUCCUUUAGACAAUCGAUUCUCAAACUAAUUUCGUUUGUAGAAUCAAUUCAAUCACAGAUAAAAGAUAUACAGACUCGAGCAAAAUUUUUCAAAAUCUUGUGUAAAUUUCAAAUUUACUAUACGUUGGAAACACUACGGCCGCCUACUCGACUAUUCGCCACAAUCUUUCAAAACAUUCCACUACGUUCCGGAACGAUAACAAAAUCCUCCUGCCUGUUAUAUAAAUAUUCCAAUACUACAACAAUUUGAACACUUAUCACACGAAUUCCCUAAAUGUAAAAUACAACUUUAUUUUCAUGUCGUAUAAAUCACACGAGAAUUCGAUCGAAAUAUAACAAAAAUAAACUUGUCAUUUUAACCAACAGCAAAACAAAAAUGUAGCGUGAAGUGAAUGUUGCACCCAAAAUUGUGGCUCAUGUGAAAGCGGCACCCUGUGUCGAUCGUGGUGACAUCUGCAAGUAUUCGCCACGAUCAGUGUUGGUGAUUGCUGAAAAUUUGACAGAAGCUGCUCGAUUUUUAUCUAUAUUGUAUACAACAUUUUCAAUCCGGUAGAAGAUGCUACAAGAAUUCGAGUCUCUCAAUGCAUGAACCUCGAGAGAAUUUUUCUACAUUUCUUCGCUCCACUUCAUACUCUGAGUAUUUCAUGGCCCUUAAAAAAAAUUUCAAUCUGAUAAUGAUCGCCGCUGUGUGGAAUUUACCAAGAGAGAAUCGCAAGUUGACAAUUAUCGCAGAAAAUCGAAUCGAUGAUUCGACUUGAUGAUUCUCAUACUAGGCUGCAAUAUUUAAAAAACCCUUGUGUGGAGCAUUCACAUACAUUUCCAUAGACACAAAUUAUACAAAGGUUAUAAGCACAUAGUUAGAAUAAGCGGAAAUAGUACAAUGAUUCAAUCGCAAUUAUCCACUGCCCAUACAGAAUCGGAUCGCGAAACGAGAAUAAGCGACCGUUUGUUGCUUCAGAGAGAAUCCCCACAGCAGCGUGCUAGCCGUUGAUUCUCAGACGGUUCACCGAGAGAAAUUCGCUCUCGCACUGGUGUCUAUUCUAUGUUAAAUGUACCAUGCCAGUUUUUUUGUUGUUGCGAUGAUUUCCGAUUCUCUUUGAUGGCACCGAUUUCAUCGUGGAAGAGUUGCGAGUGAGCAUUAUUUGAUACGAUAAAAGCCAUCCUUGGCCACGAUGAAUGAGCAAAUUCUACUCGUAGCUCAUAUGUGAGCCUGUAUAUCUGUUUUCUGUGAUUAAGCUAAAUCAGACUCUGUCAGCUUGGAGCGAAAUCAAUCUUCAGUUCAGAAACGCCAUCACACAUUCAACAUAUCAUGUCAAUUGUAUGGGUGCGCAGUGCUGCUAUUUUGGCGCGCAUGGAUUUGACAUUUCUCUUCUCUACACGCAGAGAAAAAAUUGUAAAAAUUAUGCUUUCUGACAGCUCACUCACAACCACAAAUGCAAUUGAGAUUGGUUUGUUUUCAUCAGGAAACAGGAAUUAAACACGAUUGAGAUGACCAAUUAACUUCGGUCGACGUCAAAAUGUUCCGUGAACUUGACGUAGUGUCCCUUCAUAUGAAUUGCUUACAAUUAAUGUUGUUGUUCCGUAACCGUUCCAUGCCGGUGAUAGUCGCCUGAUGUUACGUAUGUAUCGCUUUUACAUAUUGUUUUGUUUGCAUCAGAAAACGUAUUCUCUACACAUUUUUCAUUAGGGCCCCGCUUGAAUAUGAUAGUUAAUAUUGCUUACUGAAUUAGUUUGUUUCAAUCAAUAUUUCGAUAAAAAAAAAGUACGGAUGUGUAAUGUCAGAGACAUAACUGGAUGUCGUGAAUACGAAUAUGACACACUUUAUUUAUGCUUCCGAAUUCGAAUUGGUAGUUCAUCGAUUGUUUGAAUUGUGCAACUUUCCCCUCUUUCAUCACUAGAAAUUUAAACGAUGCGCCUAGACUAAAUUACAGAUUAGUUACAUUAAACAUUCUGAAACGCACUUAAAUACUAUGAAAUAAGCAGUACUGUUCUUUAUAAUAAAAAAAAUGGUGACGAUUUGAGUUAGUUCAGCACACAGACUCUGAAUUCUAAACCCAUAUUCCAGAACUAAGCUCUAAAACAUGAAGACGAUUUUUCGCCAUGACUACCAGAAUGGGUUUUAUAGAGUACAGUAGAGUAAAUUUCCGCAUAAUUCUUUAGGAGUAUUACUAUGGUUCUAAAAAGAACCGAAUAGAAGAAGUCUGGAAUAAAGAACUGGAUCCUGAGUUCAAGAACUAAAUUUAGAACCAAUAACAGACUCAGAAUCCAGUUUCAAUUGUAGAAAUGCAAUUUCGAAACUCAAAUUAGUUCCGGAAUACAGUUCCAGAAUCCAGUUUCAGCACGCAGGCUCUGAAUUCUAAACCUAUAUUGCGGAACUAAAAUCUGAAAAUUGAACUUCUCGUUACGACUACCGAAAACCAAAUGAUGGCAGGUGCUCUCUCCGUCGCUGAUGGUUUAACUCCCGCGAUGGCAGUCUGCUCGCCUUGAAGGCCAGCAAGCGAAUGAAAGCUGCUACCUGAGCGUUUGAGGUUUUAACCACGCAAAAGGCGCUCUCUCCGUCGCUGCUGGUUGAUGGUUUAACUCUCGCGAAGGCAGUCUGCUCGCCUUGAAGGCCAGCAAGCGAAUGAAAGCUGC